UUUUGUAAGAGCACACGUGGCUGUUCACGUCUGAUGCAGCACAGUUGUGUUUCUGGUUUCUGGCUUCUGUUGAUUCGGAUCUCGGUGUAAACGUUGUGUAAUAGAAAAUUUACCCAUCAGCAACAGUUUUCUACUGAAAAGAAAUGGAAAUUGAAAAUCUGGAGAAAAUGACACCGCUUUCGGAGCUGCAAGCCGAACUGGUUGAUCUCCAUACAAAAAUGCAAUCUUUCGUUGAGGACAUUGGUCGAGAUGCCCAAGUGGAGGCGAACGCUAGAGUAGAAUCGAACUGUAAAGAUUUAUUUGCUGAGCUCGAAUACAAAAAGGUCUGGGAAGAAAGUUUGCCCCACUUGGUGAAUCCGGACCGCCUCGGUGAAAAUAGCCUUCCCCAAGAGCUGGUAGAUCUUUACCGGAAGGAACGGGAACUGCAACGCGUAAUGACAGGGCACCGCGAUGCGAUUCAACAGAUGUUGAACGAGACAGUUAACACCAGAUGGGCGGACAUUGACUCGGCAAGACGUAGGGCUACCGCUUUGCGGCAGCAAUACCUACAGAAAAGGGCCGAAGAGGAAAGGAUUCGAGUUUCGAUUCAACAGGACCGCGAAAAUGUAGCGAAGAGAAUGGACAAGCUGAUGAAGCUAUUGGACGAAAUGAAGCAACGUAAAAUACGCCAAGAUGCCAAACAGGUAGAACUGAAACAGGAGUCCAAGCGACUUGAUGAUGAACUGGAUCGUUUAGUGAAAGAGCUGAACGCUUUGAAGACAGGUAACAAUACGCUGUAGGAGAGAAGGUAAUGUUGUUUUGUGGUGUACGAAACUUGUUAAAUGAAUUGAACUAAUAAACAGUGAGAAUUAAGGAAGAGAGGGACAAUAUGGCCAUUCGAAAUACUAUGUUUUCGAUAUCAAGUUACCGUCUAACCACAUUUCAAGUAUGAGGGGAAAAUGGCAAUAUGGUUAUAAUUUGAAACCCUAAGAAUAACCAACCAAUAACCAAUGAAACCUCAAGUGAUACGAA